AUGGUCCAGAAGCAGCCCGGCGAGCUUCAGGGUCUGCAGAUUGCGGGGAAGACAUGUGUCGAUGUGGAGUUAUUAUACUGUUGGCCGACCACUUCGAACUCAUCUUCACCUCAGAGUGAAGGCAUAUUUCUAGAGCCUGUUCAGAAAGCACUUCUAGCUCACACUCAGCUUCGGAUCAACAACAUGGCGGACAAGAGUUUUGAUUACAUUAUCGCUGGAUGGACAAAGAACCACUAUGGACCGACGGAUUGGAACAUCGUUACUCCACCACAGCCUGGACUUCAGAACAAAGAAUGUAGACUUCCGAGAGGCAGGUUUCUAGGAGGGAGUAGUGGCUCGAACGGUACGAUCUGUGUUCGCGGUGUCCCACAGGACUACGACGACUUUGGAUUUCCUGAGUGGAGUGGCAAGGAGAUGUUCCGUGCCAUGCGUAAGAGCGAGAAAUUCCAUCCUGCUCAUUGGUUCCCGCACAAUAAGAAGGCACAUGGUUAUGGUGGACCACUGCACAUCGAACCAGCUCCAGCACUUUUCCCGAUCGCUCACAAUCUUCUCGAGUCUUACCAGUCUAAGGGACUACCCUACAAACCUGACAUGUUCAGCACAGGUGAGGCAUCAAAUGGGUGCGGCCAUGCCAUGCGAACCACGUAUCAAGGCUCAAGGACUACUGCGGCAGACUUCAUCACCAAGGACAAAGAGCGACCGAACGUCACCAUCAAAUGCGAUUCGACGGUAGACAAGGUCAUACUUGAGCGCGGUAGUGAUGGCUCGCUUGAAGCGAAGGGCGUCGAGUACUUGGACAACGAUGGCAACCGAUAUAAAGUCUACGCGAACAAGGAAGUCCUGCUCGCCGGCGGAUCGUACAACACACCAACCAUGCUCAUGAGAUCUGGAAUUGGUCCCAAGGAGGACCUAGAGAGGGUCGGCAUUCCCGUCCAACUAGAGCUUCCAGGCGUGGGCAAGAACCUCCAGGAUCAUCAGCUCAUCUUCACAUAUUACGAACUCAGCGAGGCCGAUCUGACGGACGACGCUAGGGUGAAUCAUGAUCCUGAGUCAUAUGAGACCGGCUCUAAAGCAUGGAAGGAGAGCAAGUCUGGCUGGCUCUCCACUUUCCCGUUCGGCACUUUCGCAUUCGCUCGUGUCAACGACCGUCUUGAAAAAGAGAGCAAGCAAUGGCGCGCCAUGAACCGCAAGCCAGGUCGUGAUCCAAUGGGCCUUACCGAGACACAGCCAAACUGCGAGAUCUUCAAUACCGUAUGCUACGGAGGUCCUCCAGAGUACACUGACUUCCCUAAAGAAGGACAAUGGGCAUUGGCAAUGUGUGUCUUCCUCUGCGGUCAACAGUCACGCGGCUACGUCACGAUCAACAGCAAGGAUCCAUUCGAGCCACCAUUCGCAGACCCAAAGUACCUCGAGGAUAAGCGCGAUCUCAUGAUGCUGUCCGAGGGCGUGCGCUUCGCCAAUGAGAUUAUCACCGAAGGUGCCGGUACAAAGGACAUUAUCAAGGGCUCGUGGCCCCCAACUGCCAAGCACCACUUGUACAAGACCAACGAGGAGUGGCACGACCAUGUUUCGAAGUACGCAUCCACCAGUUACCAUCCCGUGGGUACCUGCAAGCUCGGAAAGAAAGAUGACCCGUUGGCCGUGGUGGAUCAGCAUCUGCGUGUCUACGGUGUCAAGAACCUUCGCGUGGUGGACUGUAGUAUUAUGCCAACGAAUAUGUCUGGCCAUACCCAGAUGCCAGCUUACGGUAUCGCUGAGCUUGCUGUGGAGUUCAUCCAGCAGGAGAAUGGUAUGAGCAAGAAGGCAUCGCAGGGUGACAGCGGCGAGCUUCGGGCGCAGUUGUGA